GAUUCCUGGACUGGUCGUAUCGUUGGGCUUUAAGUUUGCUGUCUUGUGCACAUAGCAAACCCAAACCAAAUAAUCGUCAUUAUUAUCGUGCUGGAAAAAAGCCAUGUCCCAUAGCUACAACAUCAGAGAUCAUGAGGGAAAUCGCCUUAUGCACGAGAAGGCAAACGUGAAUGGCGUCAAUAUCCAUUACUGUAUUGGGGGUCCUGUCAACGGUCCAGCUGUCAUACUCGUGCACGGGAUCCCCAAAACAAUGUUCGCCUUUCGAAAAGUUAUCCCGUACCUCACGCCCAAGUAUCGGGUUCUAGCAGUUGAUCUUAGAGGCUUCGGCGAUUCGGAGAGGCCAGCCUCUGGCUACGAUUGCGCAACAAUGGCCUCAGACCUGAUCAAGCUGGCAGAUGAAGUCGGGUUCGAGAAGUUCAUCGUUGUCGGUGAAGACUGGGGCGCUGCCUACGCGUAUACGCUUGCUGCAACCCACAGAGACCGCGUUGUUGGCUUGGUCUACCAAGAGAUGAUUCUACCCGGUCUCGGAUUCGAAGACGGCAUUCACUUAACUGGAGGGACCAAUGACGAAAAGCUAAAGCCGUGGGACACCCGAACAUUCUGGCACCUCAUCUUCUUUAGUGUUCCUGAUUACCCCGAGAUGCUCUUGGCAGGCAAGGAGCGACAGUUCUGGACGCAGUGGAUGCGAAGUGAAAUGCGUGAUCCGUCUGCGCUUACUCAAGAAGACAUCGAUGAGUAUGCUGGAUGGACUGCGCUGCCAGGCGGGCUGCGAACAGUGUGUGAAGUUUACAGAACAACGGAACAGGGAGCCAAAACAAACAGGCAGUUGAUGGAAAAGAAGCUGGAGUGUCCUGUACUGGCUGUAGGAGGCGACUUUUUCUUUGGGGAAGUGCCUCGACGACAGAUGGAGAGGAUAGCAAUGAAUGUACGAGGCGCUGUCAUCCACUCUGGCCACAACAUUGCGCUUGAGAAACCAAAGGAACUAGCAGAAGCUUAUAUUUCCUUCUUCGACGAAAUAUUCUAAACAUGAUAGUCUAAUUUAUAACACUAG